AAAUUGUGCAUGCGGGAGGACGGUAAGCAGCAAGUUUGCAUUGUGGGUUUGCAAGAGUACAGAGUUUCAGAUGUAAAGAUGAUAGAAGAGCUUAUUGAGAGAGGAAAUGCCACAAGAAGUACUGGCACAACUGGUGCAAAUGAGGAAUCCUCUCGUUCGCAUGCCAUACUACAGCUUGCUAUGGAGGGUGCAGAGAUCAACAAGAUUUUGCUUGCUCUAAAGGAGUGUAUAAGGGCUCUGGACAAUGACAAGAGUGACAUUCCUUUCAGGGGCAGUAAAUUAACUGAGGUUCUAAGAGACUCCUUUGUUGGAGAUGAACCUGUUGUGGAAGCAGACCAACCAGGGAAUAAGCUAGACAACUACAUCACGAGGUUGAAUGCCAUUCUAUCACAGAAGGCUGCUGGUAUACUGCAGCUUCAAAAUCGAUUGGCGCACUUCCAGAAGAACUUAAGGGAUCAUAAUGUGUUGGUGGCUUCCUCUGGUUAUUAA